CAACAAUCUCAACUUUUAGUUGAGAUUGUAUAAUGCAUCACUUUUUUUUUAUUGUUGGUGGGGACCUACAUAAAACAAUGCACACUCUGACACUUUCAAACAUUGUAUUAUGCACAUUUGAUGUAUUCAACAAAUGCAACUCUAACAAUCACAACUUCCAAACAACCUUUUAACAUAAUCAUCGAACUAAUGUGGCAUUGUCAAUACGCAACACUGCGUGGACCACCUUAUUAAAUUAGCCGCGAAACUACGUAUUCUCGUUCUUAAGAAAUAUAAUUAAUUAAUAAGAUAAAAAGACUUUGAUUUUUGGGGGCGCGUGCUUUGCCUAUUUCCCAGACUAUCUCAUUUACCUUCAUUUUUUCUUUUUCAUUUUUGCUUCGGUAAUCUUUUUGCCCACUCGUAUUUCUUUCUUCCCCUUCCCUUUUCUUUCCAACCGGGCGUUCCUCGGCCAGCCGUUUCUCCCUCACCAAUACGAUAUAACUUUCUUUAACGAAUGGCCGAAACCCCGUCUCCCUCCUCCGCCGCCGCCGCCGCCGACGGUUCCUCUCAGUACUGGUGCUAUCACUGCGAGAAGCGUGUCUCCGUUGAGACCGUCGCCAACCUCCCCGACGUCAUCUGCCUCGACUGCAAGAAUGGCUUUGUCGAAUCCAUCCCCGCCGGUCCUUCCACCCCGCCGUCCAUCUCCGCCACUCCUUCCUUGAUCUCCGAUCCCUCUGACGAAACCUUCGGAUCUCAGUUCCUCCAAAUGCUUCGCAUAAUUGCGCAAGCCGCUCGCGAGGAGGAGGACGACGACGAAGCGCCGCCGCCGCAUCUUCCUCCUCCCCCGCCUUCGCACCACCGCCGCGAUGCUCCUCAAUCGGAGGACGAUUUCCUCCGAAUCGACCUCGAUGGAUGGGACAACGGAGAGGAAGAAGAGGCCGAGGAUGGAGAAGAAGGCGAAGAGGACGAUGAUGUCGAGGAGGAAGAAGACGAGGUGAAUUCGAACGCGGACGGGAACGAGAACGAGGGAGAGAAUCGGGGCGAAGUCGAGGAUGGAGACGAUCGAUCUGAUAGGGACGUCGACGUUGACGACGAGGAAGAUCGGAGGAGGCGCCGCGAAAUUCUCCGCCUCCGAAUCCGCGAUUUCGCGACAAGAACCAGGACAGGGAGGAACCGGAUUUUGGAUUGGGCGGAGAUCCUGAUGGGACUGGAGGAUAACUCGAUCGAAUUCCGCCUCGAAGUCCCUGAAUCAGAUAGAUACAUAGGCAAUCCAGAGGAUUACGUCGAUGCCGCCGGGUACGAGGCGCUGCUGCAGAACCUAGCCGACAGCGACGGCGGAAGGAAAGGCGCUCCUCCGGCGUCGAAAUCAGCCGUGUCUGCUUUACCGGCGAUUGAGGUGACAUCUGAGUGGGAGACUUCGGUUUGUGCUGUUUGUAAAGAUAUGGUCAAUGUUGGUGAGAAGGAAACGAAGUUGCCGUGUGGCCACGGAUACCAUGGAGACUGCAUUGUGCCAUGGCUGGGGUCGAGGAACUCUUGCCCGAUUUGUAGGUUUGAACUGCCAACUGAUGAUACAGAGUACGAGGAGGAGAAGAGGAAGAAAGGGGUAGCUGCUGCCUCUGGUGGCUGGAGAGCUUCGGCUUCUGGUGGUGGAGAUAGUUCAGGUUCCUCAAUUUGAUUGAGAAGUUGGUAAAUGCUUUGCUUUCGAAGUCUCCUCCCUCCACCUUUUGUUUGUAUGUAGUCUUGCAAUGUUCUUGAAAACUCAUGUUUGACGUUGAUUUGCUUGUAUGGAUUAGAAUCGAAUGGGAUGCGUUUUCCAUUUGUCGUCCGGAAUGUAUAUACACAAAGGGCAGGUUAGCUCAAUCAUGUGAGAAUAGCCAUCCUCUUCACAUGGAAAAGCUCUUAGCAUGUGGUGGCAUUGCUGCUUGCUUCCUACUUCCUCUCUCAAUCAAGUAAAGUUUGCAAGUUCUGUAUUUGCAUGAAUAAUAUCUUGGCCAUUGGGGUAUAUCAGUGGUAUAUGCAUAUCUUGUUUCUAGUUGGCUUCCCUUGUUGUCUUACAUCAAGGCGCUGUCAUAUGAUUUUGGUGGAGAUUAUGGAAGAUGGGUCAUGAAAGGUUGUUUGUAAUUGAUUUGUAUAUGCAGGCUGUUUGGUUUUGUAGAUUCUAGGUAUCUACAGUCACAUUCUCUUGGUAGUCUAUAUUUGUAGUCUCAAGGGAAUCAAUUGGGAGGUGGAAGGGGGUACCUUUAAGCUGAUAAUCUCCAUGAACACGAUUAGGAUUCCAGAAUUAUGCUAAUUGAACCGUGGUGGUUAUAUGAUUACAUCAUUGUUGCAUACAUAUCUUGUUUCUAGUUGACUUGCAUUAAAAGUGGGGUGGGGGACUGCGGGUAUGCUUAAUGAAGCUGAUCAUCUUCA